AUUGAACUUGCAGAGAGAGGCAGAGAGAGAGAAAAAAACGGGAAGACUGGGCAGUUGUUGUGCAGAAGGAGCCUGCUGCUAUUAUCGCCAAGGCUGCCAUAGCUGUUCCUUUCAGAGCGCACUCCAGGCUUUUUAUGAAAUGCACAUCAAACGUGAAUUGUUUCCCGAUUCAGUGAAGAGUGCUGCUGAAGAGGAGUGGUCAGGGACGGAGUGGAUCAGUAUGCACUUUGAGGCUUCGACGUCGCCUUGAACGCAGCAGCAACAUCUCCGAGCCUCAAGUACGUUUAAUCUCUGAAGUUGUGUCAAGCGGGCGAUGAUUCGCAUCUGAUUGUUGUUCAACUAUCCGGAGAGGACUGCAGACGGGCAAAACGCUGCAGCAUUGUGGCAACUGGAGACGCUGAUUCCUGCCCGAGGAUUGCACAAGCCGUUCUCCCCAAAAUGUCAUCUCAUGCGAAAGUCAAGAAGGACAAAGAGAUUAUUGCCGAAUAUGAGACCCAAGUGAAAGAGAUCCGUAACCAGCUGGUGGAGCAGUUCCGUUGUCUGGAGCAGCAGUCUGAGUCCCGACUGCAGCUGCUGCAAGACCUGCAAGAGUUCUUCCGUCGAAAGGCCGAGCUUCAGCUUGAGUACUCCAGAGGCUUGGACAAACUGGCCGAGCGCUACUCCGCCAAGAUCCGCACCUCCAGAGAGCACCAUCACUUCAAAAAGGACCAGAAUCUCUUGUCCACUGUGAACUGCUGGUAUUUGGUCUUAGACCAGACCAGGCGAGAGAGCAGAGACCAUGCCACUCUCAGCGACAUCUACAACAACAACGUCAUUGUCCGUCUGGCACACGUGGGCGAGGAUGUCAUCAGACUCUUCAAAAAGAGCAAAGACAUCGGAGUGCAGAUGCAUGAAGAGUUAGUUAAAGUCACCAAUGAGCUCUACACUGUGAUGAAGACGUACCACAUGUACCAUACUGAGAGUCUCAGUGCUGAGAGCAAGCUAAAGGAGGCUGAGAAACAAGAAGAGAAGCACAUCGGCAAGGCCAAUGACAUUGGUUCCAGUCUGCUGCGGUAUGGUCAGGACGAACGUCCACAGCGACGGAGCUCUGUCAAGAAGAUGGAGAAAAUGAAGGAAAAGAGACAAGCCAAGUACUCUGAAAACAAGCUGAAAUGCACUAAAGCCCGGAACGACUAUCUUCUCAAUCUGGCAGCUACCAAUGCCCUGGUGGCCAAAUACUACAUCCACGAUGUCUCAGACAUGAUAGAUUGUUGUGACUUGGGUUUCCAUGCAAGCCUGGCACGCACCUUGAGAACCUACCUGUCUGCAGAGUAUAGUUUGGAGACUUCUCGCCACGAGGGUCUAGACUUGCUGGAGGGAGCAGUAGAUGCCAUGGACAUCAGAGGAGACAAGCUGAAGUUUAUGGACACGCACAGUCAGAUCUUCUGUCCUCCAGCACGCUUCGACUAUCAGCCACACAUGGGGGAUGAGGUGUGUCAGGUGAGCGCACAGCAGCCUGUCCAGACAGAGCUCUUGAUGCGUUACCACCAGCUGCAGUCUCGCCUCGCCACGCUGAAGAUAGAGAAUGAAGAGGUGAGAAAGACUCUUGACGCCACCAUGCAGACCCUUCAGGACAUGCUCACAGUGGAGGACUUUGAUGUUUCUGAGGCCUUCCAGCACAGCCAGUCCACAGAGUCAGUCAAAUCAGCUUCCUCCGACUCCUACAUGAGCAAGGCAAACAUCGUUAAGAGACGAGCCAAUCAGCAAGAGACGGAGGGCUUCUACUUUACUAAAUACAAGGAGUACUUGAAUGGCAGCAAUCUCAUUAUCAAACUGCAGGCAAAGCACGAUCUUCUGAAGCAAACACUAGGAGAAGGGGAGAGGGCUGAAUAUGGAACAACAAGGCCCCCCACUCUUCCCCCCAAACCCCAGAGAUUGAGGAAGUCUAGACCUCGCUCCAUUUUUAACCGUAAGCUGUUUAACGGCAAUAUGGAGGCCUUCAUUCAGGACUCGGGGCAGCCUAUACCGGUGGUGGUUGAGAGCUGUGUUCGAUACAUCAAUCUGUAUGGUCUUCAGCAGCAAGGUAUAUUUCGAGUUCCAGGCUCUCAGGUCGAAGUCAACGAUAUUAAAAAUGCAUUUGAAAGAGGAGAAGAUCCGCUGGUGGAUGAUCAGGCUGAUCAUGACAUCAACUCUGUGGCAGGUGUUCUUAAGCUCUACUUCAGGGGGCUUGAAAACCCACUGUUCCCUAAAGAGCGUUUUCUUGACCUCAUAUCCACAACCAAGCUCGACUCAGGAGCAGAAAGAGCUCAUCACCUUCAGCAGAUAAUUGUGACUCUCCAGCGGCCCGUGAUCAUCGUCAUGAGAUACCUGUUUGCAUUUCUAAACCAUCUUUCUCAGUACAGUGAUGAGAACAUGAUGGACCCCUACAACCUGGCUAUUUGUUUUGGCCCCACACUGAUGCCAAUACCAGAUGACCAGGAUCCUGUGGCCUGCCAGGCGCAUGUUAAUGAGAUCAUUAAGACCAUAAUCAUCCACCAUGAGGUCAUCUUCCCGACCCAGCGUGAGUUGGACGGACCUGUGUAUGAAAAAUGCAUGACCGGUGGGGAAGAGUACUGUGAAAGCCCCCACAGCGAGCCUGGAGCUCUAGACGAGGUAGACAACGGUACCGGACCCAACACUAGUGAUGAAGAAUUGGAGCAGAUCGAGGCAAUCGCCAAGUUUGACUAUGUGGGCCGAAGUCCACGAGAGCUCUCCUUUAAGAAGGGAGCGUCUCUGUUGCUCUACCUGCGAGCCUCUGAGGACUGGUGGGAGGGCCGGCAUAACGGUGUGGACGGGCUGAUUCCUCAUCAGUACAUUGUGGUACAAGACAUGGAUGAUGCAUUCUCAGAUAGCAUUCAGAGGAGUGAUAGUGCGGCCAGCAGUGGGCCACACCAAGAUGAACGAGCCUCGUCCAGAAAUGACCGCCAGUCUCCUUGCGAACACACACCUGAGCGCCGUUUUGGAGCAGCAUUUGGACGAGUGAGGGUGCGAUCAGAUGGAGCCACAGGUCCACGCCACAGGAACGGCGCUGAUAGUCACAGUCCCACAAGAGCAGCAGACCAGCCUCCUAGAGUUAUGCCUCGUCCCUGCAGCCCACACAAAAUGGCAGUUAGCAGGGGCCCAACAGACAGUCCAGAGAAACGGCGUCUCACCACAUUUGGCAGUGCAGGCUGUAUCAACCACCCGGACAGAAAGGCCUUUGUAGACAGCCACUCUCAACGAUCUUCACCCAGCACCACCCGGCACGCAAGUUUAGGAGAUCACAAAACCCUUGAGGCUGAAGCACUCGCUGAGGACAUAGAGAAAACAAUGAACACCGCUCUCCAUGAAUUGCGUGAGCUGGAGCGACAGAAUGUAGCCAAACACGCGCCUGAUGUUGUUUUGGACACAUUGGAGCCCCUCAAACACCCCGGCGGAGCCCAGGAUCCGCCUGGCAGCCCUCUGCACACCAUGGUGAUCAGGGAUCCAGACGCAGCCCAGCGACGUAGCAGCAGCAGCUCCUCCUCCGAGACCAUGACCACUUUUAAACCUGCUAUAUCAGCACGUAGACCAAGCGCACCUCUAAGGCCCCCACCUGUCAGACCUGUCCGACCGGCUCCUGUGAUUGGACAGGGUCAGGGACCACAUCGCUCCAGCAGCUCUAGCUCCUCUGGUCUGGGUAGUCCAGGCAUCACUCCCACUGACAGGGUCUUUCCCAAACCUCCCUCCCCAUCACCGUCCACCUCCUCCUCAUCCUCAGACAAACAAGGUAAUAUGUAGCUCCUGUCAGUCACAAGUCAAGCGGCUGAAGAACACUGUGGAUACCAAGUGAUUGUGAUUACCAUCACGCCCCUGCACCUCUUUUUGACAGCAAAACAAACAUUGACACCUGGUCUGUACGAUGAAUAUUUACCACUAAUCUUCUAUAGAGUAGGACGGCUACUGCUGGUUUCUGACACAUUAACUUGUUGAUGGACAAGUCGAUGUACUGUAUUACAAUAUUACACAAAAAUAGGAUUUAAAUCUAUGAGAAUAAUUUUAUAGAAUGCUGCCGUGCUGAACAGCCAUGCUGGAUAAAAAAGGGAUGCACUGGAAAAUGUUUCUGUUUACUUAAAUUUGACGAUGAAAGAUUUCAUGUUGUUAGCUUACAAACAUGCUGUGAGCUCGGACAUUGUAUCUGGUUUAAUGUUCCAUUAUGAGGGAACCCUUAUGGGAAUGUUUCACCACUAGUUAUGGAGACAUCCAGUCUGUGCUGGUUGAUGUAGUCUAUUCAAACUAUAACUCCUUGGGUGCCAUUUUCCUUAGAGAGCCUGUCCCGCCAUACACCAGCGAGCAUAAGGUUUUCAGCAACAAAAAGACAUAGUGGUUCUGUCUGAAAUCACUCUGUGUUUACUAUAUAGUGCACAACGUUAACUGUCCACAAAUUUAUCUGCGUCUGAAUUAUGCGAAAUUUGCAUCUACUGGGUGCAUUGCCAUAAAAAAAUCAAAUGGAAUGAAAGAAAGAAGUAGGCAUGUAAAGUGUAAUGUGUAAAGAAAAGUGGAUACAGCUUCAGACGUAGGGCCCCGUUCAUUCCUAUAAAAAUUGCUCAGUGGCACAUAAAACUGAAAAAAAAAGUUUGACAACCCAGCUAAAAAGUUACCCAGAACAAUAGAGCGUUUGCAUUAGAGCAGCUACCUCCAGUUUAGCCCUCCGCUAACUUGAAUGGGGAUAAAAUGAUUUAAUUGUGCACCUCUAGACUUUCAAAAGUCUACUAAAUCUAUUAGAUCUGGAUAGUCAAAUGAGUCUUUUCAUUGGGGUUUUGAUGCUCCAAUUGACUGAUUUACAGACAUCUCUUUCACAGUGCAAGUCGAUGAGAAAAAGUAUUUAUGGGCCGUAGGGUAUCACAUGAUAUAAUUCCAUUGUUUGGCCUCUUUGUCAAAUUGGCUUCAAAGCCCGGUGCUGUUCCUGCGGGAUUGAUGUUUCUGCCAACAGUCCUACAAUUCAAUACGUCAGUAACAGUUGUGUGAUGCUUUACCAAGCCCUAAGGAACCCAGCUUAGCCUUACAUCUAAAAAUAGAAUACCAUUAUAAAAGAGAAGUCUGUAAAACUGUUGAUGGGACACCUCAAACUGCAAACAAGGUCAAUUUGGACUCUUCUUUUAUACAUUUUCAAUCCAGGGAUGUUUUAUGUUUGUAAAACUUUCUUUGAGCCGAGAAAGCAAUUUUAAAAAUGUGCGAUGAAAUCUCAAUGUGGAGUCUGGACUGAGCUGGAAAUUGUGGGCGGCCGCAGUUGGAGAAAUAGUAUAGCACUCAUUCAGUGGGCUACAUACCGUGGAAGUAAACCAGAACCUAGAAACUUUUAUGCUGUCUGUGCCAGUUGAGCAAUUCUGAUUGGACUGAAUAGAAUAGGCUCACCUUUUUGUGUAGGUGGACCUGGAAGCUAAUGGCGCCCAGGUUCCCUCGUCAAAAAGCCUAUGGGAUUUUUCCACUGGAUUUUGGAUCAUUGCAGAAAAUAAGCUCUGUGGUA